UGCGAUGACUGUUGAAGAAAAGAAUGAGAAAAAUAGGAAGCGUCGUGAAGCACGUCAACGAAACAAAGGACUAUCGAUAGAGCCACUCUCAUCCAGAGGUGAUGAAAAGUUAAUUUUUUUUAUUGUUAUACCUACAUGUUUGUAAUAUACAAAGUUGAUGUGUAGCUUUUGUAAAUGGGUGAUAUAUGAAGAAGACGUUAAUACGGACCAGGCAUGUGAGGUGGUUAGCUUUCCAGAUGGCUGUAGCACCAUUGAUUUCACAAAUUUGUCAACACAAGACAUUGCAGGUGGAGACGAACAAGUAAAUCUGGAUGCAUAUGAUGACAGCGAUUGGUUGCAUAGGAAUGAGACAUUCCAGGCAAACAACAUUGUCUCAAGUAAAGACCUUCUGACACCAGGUUGGGUUAUUCAUGCUUCACUUCUUGAGCUUGGUGUAUUGCUUCCAGAUGCUACGAUCUCCUGUGCUUGCGGAAUGAAUGCACCGAGCUGAGAAAGGACGGAACAAAGAAAGAUCUUAAAAUCAAAGCUUGUUAUGUGAAAAUUAUUGUGAUGUGGU